CGUUCUGUGGUUGCGCAGCGCAGAAUGGGCGGGCCUUUUUGCGUUCCGACUGCGCCGCCGCAUGCGGUGUGCCGAGGAGGCGGCGCUGUGUGGUGAACUCGUUUACGAACUGGUGGGAUUCGGGCCUCUAGCAGCCUAGCGUCAUUGAGGUGGGAAGAAUGUUUCUAGAUCUGUCGCGGUGUCUGGGGGUAGGAGACCAAAUACCUAGAUUAGAGUGAUUUUCAACCUGUUAUUACUUCAGGGAGGAAUGAGAGAAAUUGAAAUAAUAAAUGCUUAGGUUGCAAUAUUGCCUUUCGUAAACGCUUUGGGGACUUGAGGGUAGAAGCGAAAAAUCUGCAAUCUACUUUGAUCCCUUUUACAUCCGCUUUUAUUGUUUUUGUUAUUUUAUUUUUUUUAUUACUUUAUUAAACUUUAAUCCUAAAUCCAUGGCCAGCCAUUGAUUUUUAAAUUGAAGAAAGGUUAAUACGUGAGAGUACCUUUUCCCAAGAGGAGUAUGGAAGGGCGACCAGAGGCUGACGUUGACGGGUGACAAGUCCCUCCUAGGCCACCGUACGGGGAGGUCUAGCGGACACGUGCUCGAGUCUCGCGCCGCGCCUCCCUCUGUCUGGGAGCGCACGCCACGGUCCCCAUGCUUCCCCAGAGCUUGUCGCGCCGGCUGCUGCUCCAGUUGCGGCGCAGGGCCGCGCCUCUUGCCGCGCGCCAUGGCUCCCCGGCGCUGUGGCUCUCCCCGGGCCUUCCGGCCGCCUCUGCCUUCUCCCCGGUGCGCCUGCAGCAAAGCCAGGAAGCGAGGGGAGGACGAGGGGCGCUGGCCGUGGGCACGAUGGUGGACCCCCGCCGGCUGGAGGAGAGCUUCGUGUUCCCGGAGUACGUCCCCGAGCCGGAGCUCGAACCGUCAGUGUCGGCGGAGCUGCAGCGGAGGCAGGAGGAGGAGGAGCGGGAGCAGCUGCUGCGGGACGAGCGGCGGCUGGCGCAGCAGCAGAGGAAGACCCGCGAGAAGAGGCAGCACCCGCUGGUUGGGAGCCCCGACCCCACGGUGCCGGCCAGCGGCGUGAACUGUUCCGGCUGCGGGGCGGAGCUGCACUGCCAGGACCCUUUCUUGCCGGGCUACCUGCCCAGCGAGAAAUACCGCAGCCUGGAGGCGCAGCCCGAGGCGGGCGGGCUGGCCCGGGCCGUGUGUCAGCGCUGCUGGCUCCUGCUGCACCACCAGCGGGCCCUGCGGGUGCGGGUGAACCGGGAGCAGUACCGAGAGCUGGUGCACGCCGCGCUCCGGCGCCCGGGGCCGGCCCUCGUGCUCUACCUAGUGGACGUGCUCGACCUGCCGGACCCCCUGCUGCCGGACUUGCCGGACCUGCUCGGGCCCAGGCAGCUGGUGGUGCUGGGCAACAAGGUGGACCUGCUGCCCGGGGACUCCCCUGGCUACCUGGGGAGGCUCCGGGAGCGCCUGUGGGACGAAUGCGCCAGAGCAGGUCUCCAGCCGGCGCCCAGAAAGGCAAAGAGGAGGUCGGCCGGAGCUGGGGCCGGGGCCCAGGAGGGGGUCCCGGAGAGCAAGCCGGCCCAGCCCGGCUGUCUGGUCCAGGACGUGCUGCUUAUCAGCGCCAAGACCGGCUACGGGGUGGAGGACAUGAUCUCGGCGCUGCAGCGCUCCUGGCGCUACCGGGGCGACGUCUACCUGGUGGGCUCCACCAAUGCCGGCAAGUCCACACUCUUCAAUACCCUCCUGCAGUCCGACUACUGCAUCGCCAAGGGCGCCGACGCCAUCGACCGGGCCACCAUCUCCACCUGGCCAGGAACAACUUUAAAUCUCCUGAAAUUUCCUAUUAGCAACCCUACUCCUUACAGAAUGUUUGAAAGGAAUAGGAGACUUAAAGAAGAAGCAACUAAAAGUGAAGAUGAUCUUAAUGAGCAAGAGCAAAAGCAUCUUAAUCAAAUGAAAAAGCAGGCUUAUUUAGUAGGAAGAGUUGGAAGAACAUUCUGUUCUCCAAAAAAUGAUGAAACCACUUUCGAAUUUGAUGCUGAUUCACUUGCUUUUGACAUGGAGAAUGAGCCUCAGAGAAUAACGCAUGAUGCUGCACCUGCCAGGCGCGUGGAAUUGACACCUCAAGAAGUGAAAGAUGCUCACUGGUUUUAUGAUACCCCUGGAAUUGUAAAAGAAAAUUGUGUCUUAAAUUAUCUGACCGAAAAGGAAGUAAAGAUUGUUUUGCCAGCACAUUCCAUUGUCCCAAGAACCUUUAUUUUGAAACCUGGAAUGGUUCUCUUUUUGGGUGCUCUGGGACGCUUAGAUUACCUACAGGGAAAUACAUCAGUGUGGUUUUCUGUUGUGGCAUCAAACUUACUUUCAAUCCACAUUACUGCCUUGGAGAAAGCAGAUACCAUCUAUCAGAAGCAUGCAGGUCAAGCAUUACUUCAGGUUCCAAUGGGUGGAGUUGAAAGAAUGGCAGAGUUCCCACCUCUGGUUUCUCAAGACAUUACAUUGGAAGGAAUUGGGAAACUUGAGGCAGUGGCUGAUAUCAAGUUUUCAACUGCUGGUUGGGUUGCAAUAACAUCGCUAUCAGAGGACAGACUCCAUCUUCGAGGCUACACACCUCAAGGAACAACUCUGACCAUUCGGCAGCCUCCUCUUUUGCCUCACAUUGUUGAUGUCAAGGGGGAACGAAUCAAGAAGAGUGUGGCCUAUAAAACUAAAAAGCCACUUUCCUUAGUGGAUAGACUGAAAUCAAGUAGAAAAAGAAAAUAAAGGAGAAAUUAAUAAAUGUAGAGUAUUGUUAUAAAUUAUAUUUACUACAAACACGAGUAUUGCUAUAAAUUACCAUUUUUUUCUAGGAAAAGAUCUGUAGCCUAUGUUUAUGCCAAUAAAAUUCAUUUUCUGUCAGGAA